AUGUCCAUCAUCCUUGAAGACAACCACCCCCCUGCGGUGCUCCGUUUCGGUCCCACAUGGUACCAUGAGAUUCCUUUUUUACCCUAUGGAUUGGAGACAACCAUUGAUCGAGGAUCUGGAUCACUCAAACAUGCAGCAAUGAAAGCUCUGCUACGGGACCAGUCGGCGCUAAAGCCUGAGCUGUUUGAAUACGUUCACUGGUAUUUGGCAAAAUACCUGUGGGAUGCUCUCAAAAAGUACAACAAGCAGACAAUGCACAUGUGGAAAAUAAUGGCCAGCAAUUAUCCUGUACAAUUCUAUGAGAUUAGUCCUUACUACUGCCUCAAUGCUGGCUGUCCCAAAAAGCCACUGAGAGACUACAUGGGUAUUCUCAAUAGCGAUGACCUUCGCUGGCGUGCAAUCCUGACAAUUGCAACCAUGUACUGUACCGCCUCAGACCUCACCACUAUACCAAACAUCAAGAAUUUGGUUGCCUUGGACGUUUACCUGGGCGUUAGCAACGACUUGCAAGAUGGAUUUGUGCGUGGUUGGAUUGAGCCCGAAGCACUACAGCACCUCCGUAUUCUCAGGUUCUACCAUCAACGCGAAAUAACCGUUGCGGCAGUGGAAGCUCUACGUGAGCUACCGGAGCUCCAGCUUAUUGUGGCGUACGAGUGUAAGAAUAUCACAGAGACGAUUCAAAAAUACGAUAGGCCCGCGAAUAACAUCAUUCCCAUAAAGGGAUGGUCGGCCUGCAGACUCGAUUGGUAUUGGGAAACUCACGGAACAUCAAAAACAAUCGACGAUAAUCUCUUGGCCUUGUUUCAUGUGUACCAGGCUAGUCUCCAAACACCCGGAGACGAGCAUUCGAAAAGACCAUCAUCCUUACCAACGAAUCUCCCGAUUUUGGAAUUCAAACUACCAACUGUGGACCACAGCAGAAGAGACAAGAUUGUUGUCCGCUCUCGCUAUAAUGCCAAGUCAAUCGUAUUGUUCACUCGAGAUCCUGUGAAGCAAAAGCUUGAUAUCGAGAAGCGACGUGCAAGAGAUAAGAAGAGGACUGAACCACCCGAAAGGGGAGAUCGUCCUGCCAAGCGAGCAGUCAUGAAAGAGCGGGGACCGAUGGACAUUUCCAAGACUUUAAAUCAGUUCUUUUGA